AUGGACCCCGCGAGCGAGGCGGAGGCGACGGCGACGCGGACGCACGUGUUGGCGGCGUGCGAGAAGGUGUUGAACGCGCUUAAGCGGCACAAGUAUUACUUCGUGUUCGAGCAUCCGGUGGAUCCGGUCGCGCUCGGGAUCCCGGACUACCCGGACGUGAUCAAGGACCCGAUGGACUUGGGGACGGUGGGGGAUAAGCUCGCGCGCGGGGGGUACCUGCACCCGAGAGAGUUUGAGUACGACUGCCGCCUGACGUUUCAAAACUGCAAGACGUACAACUCCCCGGGGACGGACGCGCACUCCAUGGGCGACGCGAUGUUGAAGGAGUUCGAGAAGAAUUGGCUGAAUAUGGGGUUCUGUUGA